GCUAAUAAUCCCGCCUUAUAACAUAAAAACAAUUUAAAAUUAAUCUUAUUAUAACGUUUAGAGGAAAUUCUCGUGUGCGACACCUAGUUGUGAAAAAUGAAAAGUGACAUGUCAAUUAUCAGCUGUUUUUGUUUAAAUUAAAAGUGUGACCAAAAAUUUCAAAAUAACUACAAGCAUUUUUUAAACGAAUAAAUUUAAUAAAUCUAUAAUGUCGGAAGAAUUAAAAUUUGACACAGAUCCUUGUAAAAUAUGUGGCGAAAUUCAAUUUACGUUGCGAGAAGGUUUCUACUAUUGUAAUGAGUGUGGCACUAAACAAGAGCAGCUACGUGAAGUCGAAGUUGACACCGAGAAUCCUGAUGGUGUACUUCAGAGAAAAACUAAAAUAAAGAAAGUUAAAGCGAAUGCACCUGAGUUAACGUCGUGGGAAUGUUAUAAUUACAUAUUACGUGGUAUGGUGGAGGAACUUUUGCAGAUGGGCGCAAAAGAAGAAUUGAAAACUGUGACAUUGCAAAUAUGGGCAGCUUAUUUACGUCGCAUGGAAGUCGCAUUUUUCAAUAAAAAACAAGCCGAAUUACCAAAAUUAGGACUGCGUUUUAAUAAAAGAGAUGCUCAAACAUUAUAUAAUUAUGGAUUAAAUGCAACUAAACGAAAACGUAAACGAAAGGAUACUAGUUCUAUACACAGUGGUGAUUCCAGUGCACGUGACUGGCGAAAAGCAAAGCGAAAAUUGGAUGAAUCUGCGUAUUCAGUUUCUUCAAAGGAAACAUCUUUAUACACACAUUCAUCAGCGUGUACUUCAUCAACGGGGAGUACAACUCAAGCAAUUUGUUUAAAAUUCUCAGCUCGUGCAAGAAAGCAAUUAAAACAGAUGAUGCCUGGACAGCAUAUAAAGAAGCAUGAGCAGGAUGCCGAAGGAAUACUAAAAUGCCAUACUCUUCGACCAAUUGUACGAAAAACUCAUCGCAGAGAUCAUGUCCUGCACAAUAUGAGUAUCAGGAAUGUUUAUUCCAUCUUAACAAUAGCUCUAAAUCUUAUUGAAGAUGAUAUUCAAAUGGCUGAUUUAGUACGUUUUGUUGGAGAAGGUCAUUUAAGUGGUAAAAAUAUAAUACAAUUUUUUCCAGAUAAUUUAAGAGGAAAUAUUAAAACAAUACUACGUGAUAUCGGCUACUACGCAUAUCCUUUUAUAUAUGCAGACAAGGUAAUUCGUGAGCAUGUCGGAUUAUUAGCCAGAUUUAUACAUAUAAGUGAAUUCAAAGUUCCUAAUAUUAAACAACUUGUAUGUCGUUAUGUUCUAGAUUUAAAUUUACCGCCUGAAGUUGGUACUUACGUUGAACGCUUAAUAAAUUUACUGCCUCCACAAAUGAAAGUACGGGGCUCUUAUGUUUAUGCAUCCUUUGAGGCACGUGCAAUGGCUUACAUAGUAUUUGUACUAAAGUUAAUGUUUGGUCUAGAUGGACACACAGAAAAACUAAUAUCAAAAUCAGCAAAAAAUAUAAAUAAUAAAUUAGCAAAUCUAAACACAUUGCAUAAAUCUCAUCCAAAGCUAUUUGUCUGGAGUGAAUGGUUAGAGUACAUUGAAAUGCGUAAGGUGAUUUUGUCACAAUAUAAUAAAAAUUUCUGUCGACAAUUCAAGCAAUGCCAAAGCACAGCACAGUUACUUGAAGAAAUGAAUGAGGAACAAAUCAGGCAAAAUGAACAAAAUACAUUAAUACCACAGGAUACACAACAUAAUGUGAAGGUGGCUUUUAUGCAGAAAUUAUUUGAAAAAUUUAUGGAAACAUGUAACACGGCACCAGUUGAAAAGGUAGAAAUAUUACAAUUCGCUCCUAGCUUAACACCUGGUCACUCUUAUUUUAAACAAAUAUUGCUACACUAUUCCAAAUCACCGAAUUUAACUAUAAAUAUACCUGAAUUUAUGCGGGUUGACCAUACCCAGCGUUCAUUAAAUACCUACAUGAGCGGGAAUUCAUUACGUGAAUUCUUUGGUUUUCACAAUAUGAAUCUGAAAAUGUUGAGCAUGCCGUGUACCGGUCAUCGAGAAUUUGCAGGUGUGUAUCGUGUAGCUAGCAAAAGUGGUGGACCUGCAAAAUUACACGCAAAUAAAGUUGAUUUCGAUAUUGAUGAAAAUGAAUGGCAUGAAUCUAUUGAACCUGAACCUCCAGCUGUCGACCUUGAAUUUAUUACAGAGUUGAAAGGUUAUAAAAAAUUAUAUAAAAGAAAAUUAGCAGCUGAAGCUCUAAAACGGCAACAACCUUCCAGAGACUUAAUUCAUAUUUCUAAUAAUGUGAUUGAUACAGAUUUGUUAUCACAACAUUCUUUCGACAUAUUCGAUGAAGAAGAUAUGGAACCAUUUAACAAUCUAACUUUAAAUCAACCACGUACUGUUUUUGACAAAGUAAAUAUAUUUAAAGAUGUUAGCGAUGAUGAAGAAGACAAGUGCCAAAAUACAGAAACAGCAUCAAUGUCUAUUAAUCAAAUUAAAGAAUAUUUAAGCAAUGCUGCUGAUGAAAAUACAAUGAUAUUGUUAAAAUCUCGUAUGGACUGCUGGACGUUGAUGGGUUAUAUGACUAAUAUAAAGGAUACCCAGAAAAAAGUAUUAGAAACUAAACUUCCACGUUCAUUCCUUUGGUUAGUAGAGACAUGUGCAAACACAAUCGGAGUUGACUGGAUUAUGGUAUAUGAGCAAUUAUUAGCAAUUGAAUUAAUGUUUACUCAAGGCAUAGAAAAUUUGAAUGAAUUUCAGGAUUGUAUACGAUUUAAAAACAAUAAUCCUACAAAGGAAAUCAAUAUGUUAAUUAAUGCAUACCGUGAAAUUUGGUAAUUACAUCAAAAAAAUAAAAGAAA